AUGUUUCAAGCAGUUGUAUACAAAGAAGAUGAUCCGUCAAAGACCCAUAUUCGCAAUCUAAGUAUCAUUAGACGAGAUGAAGCAUCUGUAACUGCUAUUAUUGAAGGACUUAAAGGCGGCUAUACAUAUAACAUAAGUAUAUAUGCAGUCAAUGGUGCUGGAGCAGGACCAAAAAUCCAAAUGAGAGUUACUAUGGAUGUAAAAGAACCACCUCAUCCCAUAAUGAAACCUGUGCCCAUUUAUGACUCAAGCGGGAGUGUUGUGGUUACAUCAACAACCAUUACUGUUAAAAUGCCAAUAUGCUACUUCAGUGAUGUUAAUGGACCAAUUAAAAAAAUUCAGAUUCUUGUUUCAGAAAGUGGAGCUCAACACGAUGGGAAUAUCACCAAGUGGCAUGAAGCCUAUUUCCAAAAACCAAGACCAUAUUUUACAAAUGAAGGCUUUCCAAAUCCACCAUGUCCUGAUGGGACAAGCAGAUUCUUCAGCAAGCAGGAAGUAUAUGUCAUUGGAGCUGACAAUACCUGCUUGCUACAGGAGUUUUGUAAUGGACCCCUAAAACCAAGAAGACAGUAUAUAUUUAAAUUUAGAGCUACAAAUUUUAAAGGACAGUAUACCGACUCUAAUUUUUCUAUUCCUAUAAAAACAUUAGCUGAUGGACUAUCAGAAAGAGCUGUAGAAAUUAUCCUAUCUGUUACCCUGUGUGUGCUUUCUAUUAUCCUUCUUGUAGCUGCCAUCUAUGCUUUUGCA